AUGGCCGUCGAGCCUGAUGCCGGGCUUCGUCCAUUCUCCCCACCAAACUCUGGUCGGUCUUCUCCCGUCUCCAGAGUCGCGAAGAGAACGGCGGAAGAGCAUCUCUAUACGUCAGACAAGACCCUGCGCCGAUACGGUGCCGGCAUAGAGCGUGCCCUGGGUUCGUGGGAAAUCUCCCCCGAAGAAUGGGCCGACUAUAUCGCAUUUCUGGCUCGACUGCAGAAGGCCAUCCAAGCCCAUCCUAUAGACGUGCCUAUCCUGCCUCACAGCGAUGACAUCGCCUACAAGCUUGCGCAAUGUCUCAAUCCCACCCUUCCCUCUGGCGUCCAUCAGAAAGCUUUGGAGGUCUACGAUUACGUCUUCUCUACAUUUGGCGUCGGCUGGAUCUCCGACCAUCUUCAUGAGUUUUUACCAGGCCUGUCAGCCGUGCUGUCCUUUGCGUCACUGUCCGUGCGGCCUGCGCUUUACUCGAUCUUUGAAAAUUACGUUCUCCACGUGUCUCAUACUACCUUACGCCCGGUCCUCAAGUCUCUGAUUCUCAGCCUACUUCCAGGAAUUGAAGAUGAGACUAGCGAAGACUACGAGCGAGCUUUCGCUCUUAUGGAAGGCUUACAGUCGCGGUUCACCCCUCCCACUGACAAGGAAGUAGUGGAUGGUUCAGAUGGCUUUUUCUGGCAGUGCCUUUUCCUUGCAACCGUGUCGAACCCUACAAGAAGGCAGGGUGCGCUCAACUUUCUCACCCAGAAGCUGCCAACCUUCCGGAGCGAGAUAAAAGCCAGCAGCGCAAGUGCGGCCCCGGUCUCCUUGACCACGGAAGCCGGGCGUGCUAUCUCUCCGGAGCCUGGACUGUUGAUCAGAUGCUUCAUUUCAGGGCUGUCUGACCCCCAGCUUCUCAUUCAACGCGGGUUUCUGGACCUUCUAGUUACAAACAUACCGCUGGACUCGCCAUUGCUCCAACAACAUGUGGGAAGCGAGGACUUGGAUCGCCUGAUCACGGCUGUGAUGCAGGUGCUUCUUCGAAGAGAAAUGAGCCUCAACAGGCGACUGUGGUCCUGGUUCUUGGGGCCCGAGCCGAAGACGGAUGGCACUGAGCCGCACCAGUCCGGCAGAGAAGAAGCCACUGAAAGCCACGAUGCGGCCCAAUUCAGAUACUUUAGCAGAUUCGGCCAGGCCCCGCUGGAGCGCUGCUUGCUGAACAUGUUUCAAAGCGGUCCAUCAAAUCCUGCGGAAAGGGCCAGGCCAUUCCGCAUAUGCUUGUCUUUGAUGGACAGAUGGGAAAUCGGAGGCUCCAUCAUCCCUCGCAUUUUCUUACCAGCUCUGCGAAGUGCCUAUCGAUACAGCGUCAUCGCCACCCCUGAAAACACGAAUGAGGUCCUUCGAAGUGCUGGUUUGUUCUUCGACGGCAUCGAAGCAAGCCUCAUCUGGGCCGAUCUUCUGAGCCUGAUGCAGACUGGAUUCACCGCGAAAGCCGCGACCGAUGAUCUACCGAUGCUCGCAUGGAUCAUACGGAAUUUCAACAUCAAGGAUGAAGAGAUGUUGCUGGUCCAUGUGCCAUACGCGGCCUGCUAUCUUCUCGCGCUCUUGCAAACCUCGGUUCCGCAACAAUCUACUACUUCUGCUGUUGCUGCACUAGAUAUUGUGUCCAUCCUGCUUGAGAUGGCUCCGGAUCGAGCGUUUGCCCCGCCGGCGAAGAGAGGGGGCACAUCCACAGCCUCUGCGUCAGAAGCCACGGAGCUGACAGAAACACUGGAGAACUUCUACCGAUCGACAGACCAGUCCACGCGCUUCCCUUUCGAUGGAUCGGCAGUAUUUGCAAUGCUAUCUCACUUCUCAGCAUCUUUGGCCCUCACAGCUCUACAGGCCCAAGCCGUGGCAGUCUUCAGUCGAACAGUAUCCGUAAUAGCGGCCCUGAACUCGAAAUCUUCGGUGUUGCCAGCUCUACGCGACAAAGCUGUUUUCGCUGGCAUCGCGGAUACGAUGAACAGUCUCGCAGACAACAAUCAGACUUUGGCUUUCUCGUCCCUCAACUCUAUGGUUACUCUACUGAGCAUCUUCCAACCAGAUCGACAACCGCAGUCACAUAACGCAGCUGGUGAUUCGUCGCAGCUUGACGCGAUGCUCAUUAAUCAGUUCUGGCAUUAUCUGUCUGUUGAACAGCCCAAAUAUCACGUCGAAGCGGUCAAAUCAAUCUGGCAACUCCAAGACAUCGUCGCUCCCGUCGACAUUCUUCAGUCCUCCCUCACAGGCCUGCUACGCCCCCGUGAUCAGAGGCGUGAGACGUCAUGUGACGAUUUCGGUGCCACAGUGGGACGGUUCGCUGUAUUAUGGAACCACACAAUAGCAGCACCCUCCUCCAAUGCUAAGACUAGUGUGAGAGCAACCCCGCGAAGAGGAAGCUCAAUGCCCACGAUGGUGGACUCGAAGAAGUCUCUACGCCGGCAACAGGUCUUGUUCGAGCCGCUGAUGAUGCUCCUGGACAUGCUUGAUGAGUACCAAGAAGCACACGCCGACAUGGUCAAAAACUGGCUCCACACAUUGCCCACCCUCGAGGUUGUCUUCAACUUGCAUUUCGAUCUCUUAGGUACGAAUAUGCAAAUCGACGAGGAUGGUGGACCUGCGCCAGCUCUGCGCUUGAAGCGGUCUCGCCACGAUAGCAUACGCCUGCUCGACUACAUGUUUCGUCAUCUGCAAAAUAUCCUACGAGGCGCCAACGACUGGAUCUGGCACUGCUUGGACAACAUGAUGAUCUCAAAUAUGCAACAUGCUGAACAGAUCUCUGGUGCCAUGUUUCUCGCAGAGCAAUCCUAUCAGAUCUUGAGUAACGACGAAUACACGAGCAGCUCACUACGACAGAAGGCGACGAAUGUGCUUCGCUUCUUGUUGUUGUCCCCUUGCGCGCCGUCCCUGAAGUGGCUGGAUUUGGACACUCGGAUAACGACAUACCUGAUCAAACGGCUGUCAGCCAACGAGAACGCCAUGCAAAGCUCUCUCCUUCCGAUGCUAAGUCUCGCACUGCAACUCCGCACGUCGGGGAAUACCACUCGAGGCUCUACGGAUCGAAGGCCAAGCUCUUCUACUGGCCAAAGACAAGCAACCUCCCAUCCGAGCCCAACUCCUACAGGCGCAACCCUCACUCUCACUCCAACUACACAAUUGGUGAAAUGCUUGCAACUGGGAUUCUCUUCUUCCUCCUCUCGAAUUCACCUGGACAAGUGGGUCACGCUCCUCGGUGAUAUUCUGCCUGUAUUGGGUGACGCCCUCUUGGUGAGUCUGAUUCCACUGGAGGAGGCACUGUGCGCAGAAGUCUACAAAGCGCACGAGGAGCUGGUUGGUAUCUCCAACGCAGAUAGCGCCGCACUUGCCUUUGCUCCAGAAGCCGUCAUCUUGGCCUUAUUAGAUGCAUUGCAAUCGGUUCUUGUGCAGGCGCAUGAGCUUUUGGAGGAAAGACAAGCCGACGAACCAGUGCCCAGGACGCCCGUACAAUCCAAAGGUCUCCUGGGAAAUGUUACAGCUGGGGUGUUUAAUAAGACCGAUGGGCCUCAGAACCGCACGCAACACGACAGCAGUCACUUGACCGUGGUGUUGGCCUUUCAGGAUGCUGUCCGUGUCUGUUCUAGACUGUGGACGUGGGCAAUACGGUACACCCAUCACGACGAUUUCGACAAGAUGAGCGCUGCCACAAGCGCUUACAACGCUCUUCGGGUGCGUAACCGUGCGAGAAAUCUGCUGGAGUACGCUACCACUGUCGAGACCCUGGAAAGCCUCGAAGUCAUCGCCUCGGUGUGGUGUCAAACUAGCGACGCGGAUGAGCGUGGUGCCACGUUGAACCUACUUCACAUCAUUCACGACCUCCGUCCAAAGGUGGUUGUGUCUACAAUUCUGGAUGCCAUAGCCUGCCGAACAAACAUGACUACGCUGCCAUUGGCCCGUCAAUCGUGUCAGACGACGGACUUGACGGCUCUUGAUGCAACGCUAUUCCUGUCAGCAUACCUGCGGUCAACUGAAGACGAUGCCAUGGACGAAAUCUGGAGCGAUUGCAUGUCUUUCCUCAGAGAUGUCCUGUCCAAUCCACUGCCGUACCGCCAAGUCCUGCCACCAUUGCUCUCUGUCAUCACCUUGUUGGCGCAGAAGAUUGAAAACACGAAUUUCGGAGACCAGCGAAAAAUGCGGCGUGAUCUUGGAGAUGUCUUUACGCGGAUUCUCACUGCAACGUUCAGCGCAAUUCCGUCCGGAGCUCUAGAAUCGCAGACAAGCUUCGCCAGCGAUGAGGAGGUCGUGCUAGCUCACCGGUCUCUCAGCUUACCGGUUGUGCUCUCGGAGAUCACCGAGCAUAUUGAUGCUAUCGUGGACGGUUCUGACAAAGCGACGGUGGUGAUCAACAACAUUGUCAUGACAUUCAUCUCGCCAAUCCUCCAUUCCCGAGGCUUCCCCGUCAACGUCACGCCUGACAUCAUAUCCCUCUUCCUGAAGCUCGCGAAGAAAGCACCAUCGGCCAAGCCGUGGAAGAAGGAAUUGGCAGAUGUUUUCGCCGACCCCAAAUUUCUUUCGACUCCACUCGACCUCAUGCAGACGGACUGGUUCCCAUUGCUACGGCAGUGGUGUUUAUACGAGAAAGAACGCAUACCAGAGAUCCUCUCACGAUUGACCGCGCCCUCUAGUGCCGGCAUCAUGUUUGGAGUGGGCGCAAGCACAGCAAGGCUCGAGGCGGAUCGUAAAGCACAGCUCAAUCUCCGACGGCUCUGUCUUCUCCUGCUCGCUUCGGCCGAGGACACCUUCGCGACGAACCUGCGAGCUAUCGAGGAGAAGCUGGCGGAGCUGUUUGAGGCCAGCUCAUCGUCCUCGCCCUCCAUGGCAAUCAAGUCGGAACUCUUCAUGGUGUGCCACACGCUAGUCCUUUCGCUCAGCACCGUGCACUUGGCCUCCGUCUGGCCGUUGCUCAACCACAAAUUGCAAAUGGCAUUGCUCUCGCUCCUGUCCGCGUCCACAAACGACAAUGGCUUCAGCAAUGCAUCUCUCCUGCAAGCUUGCAAAUUACUCGACCUGCUCGUGGCAAUCUCUCCCGACGAAUUCCAGCUCCAUGAAUGGCUGUACAUCUGCGACACCAUCGAUGCCGGUUACCAGCCACCAAAUUGGACUCCAUCAGCCCUAAGUGACCAUAUCGCUGAGAAUUCCGUUGCGUCCGAGGAGCCAGAAGACGCGUUGAGUUCCGUGACUCCGACGACCAUCGCGAGCGGCAUGGCCGGUCGCAGGCAGCCGCUUUUGCGGAACAGCAAUUUGCCCAAUCAAGACGACAUCAAGGCCAUGCCGCGAGAGGAUUUUGUGCGAACGGUGCUGAAGCCGUUCUUUAGUCAGCUCAGCUUGCACGCUUACGAAGGCUUCUACAGCCUCGUUACCCCGGACUCGCAGCUCUGCCGAAGAAGCUUGCUGGAGGAUGUGCUAGACUCGUCUACCAUUGUGGGCCUCAGUUCAUGA